AUGGAAUCUCGUAGUUGGAUGUACGAUAAAACUAAUCCUGGUCGAUUUGGGUUGAAGAAUGAAUUUGUAGCCGGCGUUUAUGAUUUUGUUGACUAUGCUAAAACACUUGAGGAUUUUACAAUUCAUGAUGUGGUUAGGUGUCCUUGUUCUAAAUGUGAAUGUAUGAAAUUUAAGACCCCAGAGAUUGUUAGGCGACAUCUAAUGGAAAAAGGUUUUAAAAGUAAUUAUACAGUUUGGACUAGUCAUGGAGAAACGCGUAACAAUUUGGGUGGAUUUCAGAACUUUGUUGUGGGUGAAAGUAGUAGGAUGGUAGAACCUACUAUCCAGAAUUCUAGAAUGCACGACAUGGUUCAGGAUGGUUGUGGCAUACAUUGGGGCUUUGAAUCAAGUGGCCAUGUUGAAGAACCUCUCAAUGAAGAGGCCAGCCAUUCUUAUAAAAAGUUAAAAAAAGCUAGUCAGCCCUUACAUGAUAGUUCUACCCACUCUCAAUUAUCUGUCGCUGUUAGAUUAUUGAGUAUCAAAGCAGAUAACAAUGUUCCCCAUGGGGCAAUGGAUUCUGUGAUUGACCUCAUGCACGAAUUGGUUGACCCGACUCUAGAGAUACCUGAUAAUUACUAUAAGGCAAAAAGAUUGGUAUCUAAGUUGGGACUCUCGUCGGUGAGAAUUGAUUGCUGUGAAAAUGGCUGCAUGUUAUACUAUAAUGAUGACGUCGAUCUAGAAUCUUGUAAGUUUUGUGGUAGUGAACGGUUUAGGGAUACACGUAGCGGGAAGAGAGUGGAUGUUAAGGCGCUGCAUUAUUUACCUCUAAUACCAAGGUUAAAGAGGUUGUAUGCAUCUAAUAGCUCUGCUCCUCAUAUGAGAUGGCACAGUGAAAAUAGAAGGCCACCGAGUGUUAUGUGUCAUCCAUCGGAUGGUGAGGCCUGGAAGCAUUUUGAUAGAACCUAUCCAGACUUUGCAGCUGAACCAUGUAACGUUAGGUUGGGUUUAUGUUCUGACGGAUUCAUUCCGCAUUCUGGCUCUGCUGCACACUAG